UAAAUUCCUCACUAUAAAGUUAUAGUUUCCAUACUGAAAAAUUCUAAUUAACGAGCAACAAAUGCUAUACUUACUCUUACUUACGUAAAUAAAUUGUUAACGCGUUACGGUUUCGCCAUUAUAAAAGUGCAGUGCAGUUUGAAAACGCAAUCAGUGCAAUCCUGAAUACUGUACAAAAUACAACAUCUCCCGUUUACCGUUUACUAACUGCAAUGACGACAAUACAAUUCGUCUUACUCAUCAUAACGGCAGUCAUCGGCGCGACAUUGGCAACAGACUAUUGCGAUCCGGAGUUUUGCGGUCAUACGAAACAUAUUGCUUGCGACAAUGAUGGCGAUUUCGCUUCCGACUGUAGAAAUCCUGCCAUGGUGGAACUAACCAAAGAUAUACAGAAAGCGAUUGUGAAUGCACACAAUAAGUUGCGUAAUCGGGUGGCUAGGGGUACGAAUGUAUUCAAACCGGCCUGUCGCAUGGCCACCAUGAAGUGGGAUGAUGAAUUGGCCGAAUUGGCGGCAUUGAAUGUUAAACAGUGUAAAAUGAGACAUGAUGAGUGUCACGAUACGAAGGCCUACGAAUAUUCCGGUCAGAAUUUGGCAUGGAGGACGAUCUAUGAGCUGAAUGCUACCGCAGUGUCAUUACAAAUGGUGAAUAUGUGGUCAAGUGAGAUGAAGCAUACCCAAAUGAAGUAUAUCGAUAGCUAUCCGAGUCGGUAUAACGGCCCCGCUAUUGGUCACUUUACCGUUAUGGUGGCAGAUCGUAAUAUUCGUGUGGGCUGCGCUGCUUCUACCUAUGACGAAUCGGGUCAAUCAUAUAAAUCAUUUCUAUUCACCUGUAAUUAUGCAACAACAAAUAUGAUCAAUUUCCCGAUUUAUAAGAGUUGUUCUGUAGCAGCUUCCGGAUGCAAGGCUGGUAAAAAUCCGAUAUUCAAAAAUCUUUGUUCGACCUCAGAAGAGUAUGAUGUUAACAAAUGGUUUUAAAACCGUGUAAUUCGAAAUGGAACUUGAUAAAAUUAGAAAAGACAAUAAUUGUAUGCUUAAAAUUUAAUUAAAAUUAAUAAAUUAUAUUGACAAUUCGGUUUGAGAAAAAUGUGUAAUAUCGUCUGUGAAUACCGUAAAGUUAUAUUAUCAAUGUUAGUCGGAAACUUA